UAAAUAUGGUGAGACACGAGUGGAGUGAGUGUUUCAAAUAUCUCACGAGUGCUUUCAACUACAAAUAACAUAGACAGCUUUAAUUAUAAAUCUGUAACGUUUCAGAAGUAUGACAAGCUGAAAGAAGCCCUCAACGACAUCACAGACAACCUGCGUCUGCUGCAGUUCUACCCCCCAAACCUGGUCGCCAUCAGAGGGACACUUCUCUACAUCUCCGUCCUUCUCCUGCUCAUUCAACCGGCCAUAGCUCUCUCUCACAACUGGUCCCAAUGGAACUUCGACUCCCGCGUCUCAACCAUCGACAACUUGACCUACUCUAUUGGCAUGCUCUGUCUGUCAACCGACCUGUUUCUAAUGCCGCACAAAACAAAAAUCCUUCUCGACAUAAUCAACUCAGAUUUCUCAGUUUACCAAGAAGAAAUCCGCAGCUACAAACGCGCCGUCUAUGAGCAAAAGUGCGAACUAGUUAGAGAGAUGACUCAGCAAGGCUAUAAGAUGGCCAAGAUCAUUACAACUGUCCUGAAGUACUUUUUCGCCGUUCAUGUCACUAUACCGAUCUAUGGUAUUUGUUUCUACUAUAUCAAAUCUGAGGACGUCGAAAAACUACCCCUACUAAUCAGGAUGUACUCACCGUUAACCUUCUCCCUAGAAAUGCAAAGUAUCGAGGAAUAUGUGAUCAUGUCAGCGCUACAACUGGCCUACAUGUAUUUAUCAGUUAUUUUCGUUAUAAUUCUGUUACAAAUGCAGAUUGUGUCGAUAUUUCAUAUCAGGGUCGAGAUGAAAUUGUUUAGAAUGAGUGUGAAGCUGAUUAAUGGGUAUUGCAAGGAAAUGACCUUGAAUGCAGAUGGUGGCAUGAAUGGAGAGUUUGAAACUGAGCUGAGAUUUAUGAUGGGCGAGCUGGCAAGACAUCAUCAAAAUAUAUUCAAAAAAGUGAAAGACGUCAAUAUUGGCUUCAAAUUCCGCCUAUUCUAUUUCAACGCCUAUUUCUGUCUACAGAUCUGCCUUGGAAUAUUCAUAUUUUUGAAAGGACAAGCACUUCUCAAGUUGAAGUAUGGUAUUAUAUUAGUGACAGUGAUAACACUAGCAUUCUUGUUCAGUGAAGAUGGUCAGAAUUUUCAGGAUGAGGGUGAAGAGCUGAGAAUAACUUUGUACAACUGCUAUUGGCAAAAUAAACCGAAAUGGUUCACAAGCACUCUUCAGAUACUGAUGAUACGUAACAACAGUUUGCCGAAAAUUGCACUGUUCAAUGUGUUUACACUAAAUCGUAACAACUUGACCGUGGUGAUAAGAGGAGCUUAUUCUUACUUCAGUUUGCUCAACCAUUUCUCCAAGUGAAAUGCAUUCAAGAUUUGAGUAACAACUUGUAAACCCAGUUUUUUAGAAUGAAAUUGUUUGCAAUACAAUUCAUGUUAAUUCUGAAAUAGUGUAAGCUUACUUAAAAACCUAAUUAUUGAACAAUUCACAUCCAAGGAGACGUUUUCAGUAGCAACUGUUGAAGUAAAAAUUUAUGGAAGAUGAUUGAAAAAAGGAGUGGAGCUGAAUUUACAAAAAAUGAUAUAAUCUGAUAUCUCAAUAAUCAGUGAUUAUAGAAUUUUAAUUCUACUCUUAUAAUUAGAUCGAAUAAAAUUAUGCUACUGUUUGAUCUAUUUCUUGAGAAUAAAGGAAUAUUGCUUGAUGUUAUGACUAU